AUGGCCUUUGCACCCAGAGGUCCUGAGGCCUCGUUCUUCCAGGUUUUGGACCAGCACAGGGCUUCCCUGCUGGCCGCCCUGAGGAAAGGCGGCGGGGAGCCCGCUGGCGGGGGGACGCGCCUGGCCACUAGUUCUGAGGUUCUUGCAGCUAUAGAAAAUGUUAUCCAAGACAUAAUCACAAGCUUGGCAAGAAAUGAAGCACCUGCAUUCACAAUAGACAACAGAUCAAGCUGGGAAAAUAUAAAGUUUGAAGAUUCUGUGGGUCUUCACAUGGUAUCUCAUUGUACCACAAGAAAAAUCAAAAGUGAUUCACCAAAAUCAGUUAAAACUUUUGCGCUAAUUCUUAAAAUAUUGUCCAUGAUUUAUAAAUUAGUACAGAGCAACACUUACGCAACCAAACGAGACAUAUAUUACACCGACAGCCAACUCUUUGGUAACCAGACUGUUGUGGACAAUAUUAUCAAUGAUAUUUCCUGUAUGUUAAAAGUGCCAAGGAGAAGUCUGCAUAUAUUAUCUACAUCAAAAGGUUUAAUUGCUGGCGAUUUAAGGUAUAUCGAGGAAGACGGCACCAAGGUGAAUUGUGCAUGUGCAACAGCUGUUGCUGUGCCAUCUAAUAUUCAAGGAAUUCAGAAUUUAAUUACAGAUGCAAAAUUUCUAUUAAUUGUAGAAAAAGAUGCGACAUUUCAGCGGCUCCUAGAUGACAGUUUUUGCACCAAAAUGUCUCCGUGCAUCAUGGUUACGGGAAAGGGAGUACCUGAUCUGAACACAAGACUUUUAGUCAAGAAGCUGUGGGAUACAUUUCACAUUCCUAUUUUCACUCUUGUAGAUGCUGAUCCACAUGGCAUAGAAAUAAUGUGUAUCUAUAAGUAUGGAUCUAUGGCUAUGUCUUUUGAAGCCCAUAAUCUCACAGUUCCAGCUAUUAGAUGGCUUGGUCUCCUCCCUUCUGAUAUCAAAAGAUUAAAUAUACCUAAAGGUACUUUAAUUCCACUGACUAAACAGGACCAAAUGAAACUUGACAGUGUCCUGAAGAGACCUUAUAUUACUUGCCAACCAUUUUGGAGAAAAGAAAUGGAAAUAAUGGCAGACUCUAAAAUGAAGGCAGAAAUUCAAGCUUUGACCUUCCUAUCAUCAGAUUAUCUUUCCAGAGUGUACUUACCCAACAAAUUAAAAUUUGGAGGAUGGAUAUAA